CAGUAUCUCCCUUAGUGUUAGCUCGCAACUGACUUCUCCAAAACCAAAAUGGCAACAUACACAAACUCCAAUGGGUAUUCCUUUGUUCGAAGUUUUAGCAAUAUCAGUGAAGCAAGCGCUACCACUCGAGACCGUUGAUGUUCCAAAAAGAAUGGCAGAGUACCAUUAUUAUCGAACCCUGUGGUGGGGAAAAGGCGACUUCAAUCCAAAAGCAAAAUGGGAAGAAGCAACACUUCCGUACACACUUGCUGUUGGUGUCACCUUGGAUGAAUAUGAACAGCGUUCGGACAAGUUUAACGUUCGUGGUUAUUGGGAAUGGGUCGAUUAUAAAGUCAUCAUUUAUGAACUUCCAUCAAAGCCACACGAAACGCUUAUUGGUGCGAUCACUUCAGAAAUAGUAGAGAAAUGUCUUCCUGUUAAACGAACUGAUGCCAGUAUCGGGAAUCUCGGUGCAAUUCGAACUCGUGCCGACGAUUCUGGAAAAGAAGCGGAUGCAUGUUUUCGCCCUUCAAAACCACGAGUGCAACCACCAAAUGGGAGCGAUGGACAGGAUGAACCCUGGCCAAAUCUUGUCGUCGAAGUGGCGUAUUCUGAGAGUGAAGAACAUGUCCUGGAAAAAGUGAAAUAUUACUGGCUAGGUAGCUUUAGUCGCGUUCAUGACGCGAUCGUUGUUAAGAUUGAUGAAGUACCUCUAGGCCAACUUCCUUUACGGAUGCAAUUUGAAUUUGGUAUCCACGACCAAUAUGGGAACCCGACAAAUAUUAUACCAGGUCAAUGUGUCAUCAACAUUUCUUUGGAUUGUUUGUAUCAUGAUGCAUUUCCUAGAAUCACGAUUCAUCGACAACUUCUCCCAGAUCCAAUUGUAUUGGAUUUCCUGCUAAUUCGAGACGAAUUCCUCC